AUGGUAGUCUCCAAAGCUGUCAUUGCUCGAGAGCCUACGCAUCCUUUGGCUGUGAAUUGGUCGUUAGAGGAUGUGGACGUUCACGCCCCCGGUGAUGGAGAAGUCCUUGUGGAAAUGCGUGCCUCCGGAAUUUGCCAUACUGAUAUCCUGUUGACUUCAGUAUCUCUCUUGAUCCGUUUCUUUUUCUUCUUUCUGACCUUCAUCUUCAACGUUGCGCUUGCUAAAAGUGAAUUAGGUGCAGGGAUUGUUCGCGAUGUCGGCAAGAAUGUCCAUGCCGUCGCUGUCGGAGACCCAGUUCUGUUAUCUUUUCACUCCUGCUCCUCCUGUGAGCAAUGCAAGGACUGUCAUCCUGCCUACUGCGACGAGUUUGGGCAGGAAAACUACGUCGGCCGUAAACGAUCGAUGUCUCUACGGAAAAACGGUGAAAUAAUAUGGACGAGGUUUUUUGGCCAAUCCAGCUUUGCCCAGUACAGCAUUGUGAGCGAAGCAAGCGUUGUUAACGCCAAGGAACUUCUACACCAUGAUCAUGAACUAGAACUUUUUGCCCCUUUGGGAUGCGGGUUCCAGACAGGAAUGGGUGCAAUCCAGAACAUUGCCGCCGCGGGUAUAGCUGAAACAGUCAUGAUCAUAGGCAUGGGUGCUGUUGGAAUGGGGGCUCUCAUGACAGCAAAGAUAAGGAAUUGCAAAGCUAUCAUCGCUGUAGAUCGGAUCAAAGAUCGUCUUGAGCUGGCCAAAACACUCGGGGCAUCACAUAUUCUGAACACAAGUGAUCCAUCUUUCACCACACUGAAUGAAGCGACUAGGAAUUUGUCGGCGGGAGGAGUCUCCGUUGUGAUCGACACCACGGGGGUGCCUACCCUAAUCGAGCAAGGGAUCCAAUCCACAACUGCACGCGUCGGGCCGCGCGAUCUUGGGAUGCAUUGA